UGACAACAAAAAAUUGCCGGGAAUCUUUACUUAGAGAGCUGCAACGAUAAGAACUGAGGAGGAAAAUAAGUUAACUACUCUACAAUUUAAUUCAGAAUUUAUUUAAAAGUAAUUAGCAAACCUUUUAAGCGCCAAAAUGGACGAAUAUGACGAACUGUUCGAGAUGGAAGAGCACUUUAAUGAGCAGUACGCCGACGAGUUGGAGGUGUUGGCUGAGAUGGACGAAGAAUCUGCCAAUGCGGCGAAGCGUCUCAAACAGGAUGCUGCUGGUGAGAUCGCAGACAUCGAGCACCUGCUUGAUGAUAGGCCCAUCACUCCUAAAGCAAAGCGGCAGAAGCAGGACGCCGGGGUGGUUAAGCGGCUUUUCGACGCAUCGCAGAAUCUAGAGGUGAAAGGCACGUCGCAGGUUGAUGACAUCACUCCACCGUCUUCUCCUGAGCACUAUGAACCCAGCCAGCCCUCCAGGGCUACCUCCUCUGCACUGGACAUCAGCGGCUUUGCAGAGAUCCCAGAGACACCGAGACGGCCUGCCUCGAUGGCGCAGGCCUCCCUGCGAGCGCUGAGGCGACCUCCUUUGGAAGGGGAUUACAUCAGCGUAACGGAUUCAUCGGGGACCCGAGUCUACCUCAGAAAGAAGGAGGACACAGGAGCUCAGCAGGCAGUGGACUCUAGACUGAUCACAAACUCCUCCGGCGGACUGGGACUGCUGGCGGUUCCGAUUGCAGCACUGAGAGAACAAGAGGCAGAGAGGCGCCACCUGCAGGUAGUUGAGGAAUCCCAGCGUCUCACCGAGCUGCUUAACAGAACUGUGACUGAUGCGUUCACUGAGUCUGAAAGCGCAGAAAACGACGAGAAUGAGGAUCCUGAGAACGGGGAGGGAAAAGCAUCCCGGCUCUGGGUGGACAGGUUUUCUCCAGGCCACUACACGGAGCUGCUGAGUGACGAUUUUACCAACCGCUGCCUGCUGAAGUGGCUGAAGCUUUGGGACACUGUUGUGUUCGGACGGGAGAGGAAGACCCGAACCGCUCGCUCGGACAGACAGACGGCCAAUCAGAACUCAUUCAAGCCCAAUCAAGGCAACCAGACUCAAAACCGCUUCAAGAGUAAGAUUGAGAUGACCGAGGAGAUUCUGGACGCUGAACUGGAUCAGUACAGACGGCCCAAAUUUAAGGUGGCCUUGUUGUCUGGUCCUCCGGGUUUAGGGAAGACCACCCUGGCUCAUGUCAUUGCAAAGCAUGCUGGGUACAAUGUGGUGGAAAUCAAUGCCAGUGACGAUCGAAGCGCGGAGGUUUUCCAGAAACGCAUCGACACCGCAACGCAGAUGAAGUCCGUUUUAGGUGCCAACGAGAGACCAAACUGCCUCAUUAUUGAUGAGAUCGAUGGAGCGCCCGCGGCUGCCAUCAACAUCCUCUUGGCGCUUCUGAGCAGGAAAGAUGGACACGGCGCAGAGACGGCCACUGAUGCUAUGAAGAAGAAAAAGAAGAGGGAACAGAUUCUGCUGCGCCCGAUCAUCUGCAUCUGCAACGACCUUUACACUCCAGCUCUGAGGCCGCUCCGACAGCAGGCCUUUCUCCUGACGUUCCCCCAAACCCAGCCGUCCCGCCUCGCACAGAGACUGUCAGAGAUUUCCAGCCGGCAGGGCCUGAAAGCAGACACAGGAGCUCUGUUGUGUCUGUGCGAGAAGACUGACAACGACAUCCGCUCCUGCAUCAACACCCUUCAGUUUCUUUACGGCCGAGGCCUCAAGCAGCUGGACUCCAAAACCAUCCAGAGCGUCUCUGUGGGGCAGAAGGACCAGAACAAAGGCCUGUUCCAUCUGUGGCAGGAGAUCUUCCAGCUGCCACGAACCAAACGGAAACGUAUUGGUGAGGCCUUUGAGGAGGUACCUGGUUCAGGAAGCGGUGCUCAAAGGUUUCAGCACAUUCUUCAUCUAGCUUCAUCCAGCGGAGAGUAUGAGAAAGUGUCGCAGGGCCUUUAUGAAAACUUUUUGUCCAUGCGGGUGAGGGACCCCAACCUCCAGAGCGUCUGCGAGGCUCUGGACUGGCUGCUGUUCUCAGACCGGUUAAACCAAGAGAUUCUGCGCGGCCAGAAUUUCUCUCUGAUGAAGUACCUGCCCUUCCUCUCCGUCACCUUCCACUUCCUGUUCGCCCACACGACUGUUCCCCGCAUCAGCUAUCCACACGGCCACCACGAGGCGUCCUCUCGACUCCUCAGCAGCAGAAACGCCCUGUCCACCAUGCUGGUGGACAUCCCAGCAGCCAUCAGGACCAGGAUCAGCCAGCUCACCCUGACCCUCGAUGUCCUCACCCUGCUCCUCGACAUCAUCUGUCCGAAGCUUCGGCCUGUGAAUCCACAGCUGUUCAGCAGCAGAGAAAAGGAGCAGAUGCGCGAGCUGAUCAGCACCAUGCUGGCCUACAACCUCUCCUACAGGCAGGACCGCACACCCGAGGGCCAGUACACCUACAUGCUGGAGCCACGAGUGGAGGAGGUGGCGAGGUUUCCGGGUCUGCCGCCGCGCCGCCAGCUGACCUACCAGGCCAAACAGACAAUCAGCAGGGAGAUGGAGCUGGAGAAGAUGAGGAGAGCCGAGCAGCUGAUACUGCAGCGCAACCCGGCUGGGAAGAAAGAAGAAAAGAAGAGUGCUGCUCCCGCCGCCAUCAGGAACCACCAGCAGAGGUUGGAGAACAUCGUCAAACAGACAACGGUGGAGAGCAGGCCCGAGGUGGAUUUUUUUGGCCGCGCUGUCGCCCCCAAACCUCAGAGACCUCAGCCUUCAUCAGACACAGGUGAGGGGUGUGCAGUCCUCUCCAUGGGAACUGCUGUGGGCAACAGCGACGUGUGGUUCCGCUUCAACGAGGGCAUGUCCAACGCCGUCAGGAGGAACGUCUACAUCAGAGAACUACUGUGACCCCGCCCCCCGUUCGUUCAAAUCCAUCCACAACUCCCUUGUUAGUUUAAAACAGUCUUUAUUUGGGUUGAGAGUGUAAAGAGCCAAUAAAAGGGUGUCGACAAACA